UCGUAGGUCAGUUUCAUCUAAUCAAGAAACCUAAACUCAAAAAUAAUUAAGCUCAGUCUAAAAAUGUUGAUUACAAAAGUCGGUCAAGUUUUGAUAGUUUGUUCUUUAAUAAACUUUAUUGCUGCCAACAAUUAUAGAUGCUUCUAUCAGCAUGUCUUUGCACAUUAUUUUGGAAAGAAGGUAAUUUCGUGUGACUUUGUCAAGGUAAAUUAUGGUAAAGACGAGUCAUUUAAUGCUGUUCCGCCAAUCGAAGCUAAAUGGAACUGGACAGAGGUCUACGAUUAUGACGACUUUGAGAAUUCAGUGGUUCAAGUAAGCUUUAUCAAUUCGUGGCUUCACAAUGUCCCAAAUACAAUAUUUUCAACAUUCAAAAAUCUUCAAGCAUUUAAUGGAUCACACAUGGCAUUAAAGGAACUGACUUCUCUGUCAUUCAACAAGGCUGAUUAUCUACAAUACAUAUUCCUUCAAAACAAUCACUUGACUGUCAUUAGGGAUCACGUUUUUGUGCAUUGUAAAAAUCUAAAAAGUCUCGACUUGUCAAAAAAUCGAAUAAAGUCGAUCAGCAAGAAUGCCUUCAACUCAUUGGAAUAUUUGGAACAGCUGAACUUGUCAGGAAAUAAAAUUAGAAAAAUUGAUCAUGACAUAUUUCAGUCAUUAAUCAGCAUGCAAUAUAUUUGGCUGAGUUAUAAUCAGUUACAGGAAAUGCCAUCGAAUUAUUUUAAGGAACAGAAUCAAAAGCUAGUAUCGAUUUAUUUAAAUAACAAUAAAUUGACGGCUAUUUCUCCUUAUGCAUUUGAGAAGCUUACUCAUCUAAAGUUUCUAUUCUUGACAGGAAACAAAUGCGUUAAUGCUGAUUUUAUGAAUUAUGAAAUAUCCAACAAUGUUGGAGUCAAGUAUGAACUUAAGCACUGUAUCAAGGCAUUCCGGAAGACACAUCCUGAUGAAGAAAAACGUUUUAAUAUUACAGCUAAGAUUAGUGAUAUCAAAGAAAAGAUGGAGCUAUGUAAAACCUCAAAUGAUAAGUUACUGGAUGAAGAAAAGUCAAUGUUAGAUUCUAUCCAAAAACUUAAUGAAACUGAAUAAAAUUGUGUGUC